UGUCCCCUCCCAGGAGACUUAGUUGGGGUGAAAGACUUUGAGCGAGAAACAGACAAUCAGUGAGUUUCAGAGAGGACACAGCCUCUUGGAGAAAGUAGAAUAACCAGACAACUACUUGCAAAAAGGGAGACUCAAGACUCAACGACUCAACAACUCAGUGACAUUGUUUUAAAGUCUUGUGAAGUUUACAAAAAAGCCACAAUGAAGUUGAAACUUCCAAACCCAGGACUGGAUGCCCGGAUCCCCUCUCAUGGGGACCUGGAGAGGAUGGAGAAAGAGGAGGCGGAAGGCAGUGACAGGCCCAAAUGGGACAACAAAGCUCAGUACCUGCUCACAUGUGUCGGCUUCUGUGUGGGACUGGGCAACGUCUGGAGGUUCCCUUACCUGUGUCAGAGUCAUGGAGGAGGAGCGUUUAUGAUCCCGUUCCUUAUCCUGCUGGUUCUGGAAGGAAUCCCGCUGCUGCACCUGGAGUUCGCCAUCGGUCAGCGUCUGAGGAAAGGCAGCGUAGGAGUGUGGAGGUCAAUCAACCCCUAUCUGACUGGAGUUGGUAUUGCGUCCUUGAUCGUCUCUUUCUUGGUGGGUAUGUACUACAACACCAUCAUGGCCUGGAUCAUGUGGUAUCUCUUCAACUCCUUCCAAAAUCCUCUGCCCUGGAGCCAGUGUCCCCUCAAUGCUAACAGGACAGGUCUGGUGGAGGAGUGUGCACGGAGCAGCACUGUCGACUAUUUCUGGUACAGAGAGACCCUGAACACAUCGGAAGCCAUCGAUGAGUCUGGGGGCCUGCAGUGGUGGAUGGUGCUGGCCCUGGUAGCUGCCUGGAGUCUGCUCUAUGUCUGCUGCAUCCGGGGGAUUGAGACCACCGGAAAGGCUGUGUACAUCACGUCCACUCUGCCAUAUGUGGUCCUCACCAUCUUCCUCAUCAGAGGUCUGACUCUGAAAGGUUCUCUAGAAGGGAUCAAGUUCCUCUUCACGCCAGAUGUGAAUGAGUUAAUGAAUCCAGCCACCUGGCUGGAUGCAGGGGCCCAGGUUUUUUACUCCUUCUCUUUGGCUUUUGGAGGUCUUAUCUCUUUCUCCAGUUACAACUCUGUUCACAACAACUGCGAGCAGGACGCUGUACUCAUCUCCAUCAUCAACGGCUGCACCUCGGUGUACUCUGCAACGGUUAUCUACUCCAUCAUCGGUUUCAGAGCCACGCAAAACUUUGAUGACUGCAUCGGAGACAACAUUUUGAAGCUGUUGAAUGCCUUCAACUAUCCUGAAGACAGCAUCACAGACAGCAACUACAAUGAGGCCUUGAUCCACCUCAACCAAACAUAUCCAGACGUUAUUCAAGGAUUAGAAAUACAGAACUGUGACAUGCAGGUUUUCCUCAGUCAGGGUGUGGAAGGAACUGGAUUGGCAUUCAUCGUAUUCACAGAGGCCAUCAUCAAGAUGCCUUUUUCCCCCAUCUGGGCGGUUCUCUUCUUCAUCAUGCUCUUCUGCCUCGGCCUCUCGACUAUGUUUGGCAACAUUGAGGGAGUGGUGGUCCCUCUUCAGGACCUUAGACUGUUGCCUCGAUCAUGGCCCAAAGAAGUUUUCUGUGGUCUGACUUGCUUAAUUUCUUUACUUUUCGGGCUAAUAUUUGCUCUACGCUCUGGAAACUACUGGCUAGCCCUUUUUGACAACUUUGCAGGCUCUAUCCCCCUUCUGGUCAUUGGGCUCUGUGAAAUGGUCUCUGUUGUCUACAUCUACGGCAUAGAUAGGUUUAACAAGGACAUUGAGUUUAUGGUUGGCCACAAGCCCAAUAUUUUCUGGCAGGUGACAUGGAGAUUCAUAAGCCCACUCAUUAUGAUCGUCAUCUUGGUGUUUUACUUUGUUACCCAAAUUACCAAGAGUCUCACCUACUUGGUCUGGGACCAGGAAGCGGAGAAAUUCCCAACCCUCGCCCCUCGUCCAUUUCCAUCCUGGAUCUACAUCAUCAUCUUCAUCCUGGCUGGAAUCCCCAGUUUAACCAUCCCAGGAUUUGCCAUCUUCAAAUUCAUCCAGAGGAAAUGCUGCAAGCAAAAGGACUACAGUGAGAAGACAGUGAACAGCGUCUCCGAAACUGUGACAAUGAGCGAGAAAAUUAAGUUUUAAAUUGCUUGAAAGUAUUUAAAAACAAAGCGAAUUGAAAAUGGAUUGUUGUUCUAUUGUUUGUAUAUACAGUUAUACCUUUUGCGUUUCUUUUUUCUUGCCAUGUACAGUGAAAGAAGAGCAGACUAGAGACUGCAUACAUUUGACAGCAUUUUCUGUAAAAUACUUGUUUUGUAACUAAUAUGUUAUUAUUUUUGUCAUAUUAGUUUCCUGUUAUUGUGUCAUGAUUUUUACAUUUGACAUUUGGAGAAAUAGACUAAUUUAAAUGCUUACUGAUAGUCAGAUGAGUUGAUUGAUACAGCUCUUGAAUAAAUUGGACACAAAGGAGAGCAGCUGGCUUAGCUCUCACAAUCAAAGAUCAUUGUUAGUAGUUGAGCCAAGCUAGCUCCAUGUUUCCAGUCAUUCUGUCUAAACCUGCUGCUAGCUGUAGCUAUUCAUAGCUACUUAGUGAAAAGAUAAUCUCUAUAAAACCACUUUGCCUCUUGCCUUGUAUUUCAGGGUACAGUGUGUAGAAUUUAGUGAUAUCUAGUGUUGAAGUUGCAUGUUGCAGCUGAACACCCCUCACCUCACCCUCACCUUCCAAACAUGAAAAAUAACCUGUGGUAGCCUUUAAUUGUCAUAAAAACUCAAAAGGUGUUUUAGUUUGUCCAGUCUGGACUAAUGUA